AUGACGAAUGUCGACGAGCUUUUUAAAAAACCAUCUGCCACAGGGAGCGCUAAGCGCAAGUUUGAGCCUGUCCAAGAUCCAAAUGAGCUCUAUAAAUCAGCGAAACUAGACCCCAGCGGCGCUGUGAGAUCAAAGGGGAAAGCACCAAUGGUGGAGGAAGAGAUUGACGAUGGCGAAGCUGGACCCGAGCUCCCUCCCGACUUUGAGGAGGAUAUCCCAGACGACGAGGAAGGCCGCUUUUUCGGCGGCGGAAUGGAGCGAAAGACAGCCCAAGCAAUGGAAUACAUCGACCAGCAAGAAGAAGACGAGGCUGCGCCCGAGAAGUUCGACUCUGCGUGGGUGCGCCGCUUCGCAUUGAAUUUCGAGAAGAAGAUCUCCAAGAAUGCUGAACUACGCGCAAAGUUUGAGAGUGAUCCGCAAAAGUUCAUGGCUUCCGAGGCCGACCUGGACACCGAAAUCAAAGGCUUAUCAAUCCUGUCUGAGCAUUCUGAUUUAUACGAGGAGUUUGCCAAGAUGGGCUGCGUCGCAUCAUUGACCUCUCUCUUGUCGCAUGAAAACGCCGACAUCGCCAUUGAUGUCAUCCAGAUAAUCGGUGAAUUGACAGACGAGGACGUGGAGGCAGAACAGGAACAAUGGGAUGCUCUUGUUAACGCAAUGAUGGAGGCCGACCUCGUAGAAUUAUUGGCUCAAAAUCUCUCCCGACUCGAUGAAGGGUCCGAAACUGAUCGAGCGGGAGUGUACUAUGUGCUAGGUGUAAUGGAAAACCUUGCCUCUCAAACAUCACAUGCGGAGGCAAUUGGCAAUGACGCUGCAAUUUUGCCUUGGAUCCUGUCCCGUAUUCAGCGAAAAGAAGCGACUGUCAGCCAAAACAAACAAUAUGCCGCAGAAAUCCUGGCAAUCCUUUUACAGUCUACCCAAAAGAACCGCACGAAGUUUAUUGAGCUCGACGGCAUCGAUAUCCUCCUCCAGCUGCUCAGUGCAUACCGCAAACGCGACCCAGCCAAUGACUCUGACGAGGAAGAAUAUGUGGAGAAUCUGUUCGACGCCCUCAUCUGCCUAGUCGAGGAAGAUAUAGGGAAAGAAAAAUUUGUGGAGGCCGAAGGAGUUGAGCUUGCGUUGAUCAUGCUUAAGGAAGGCAAGUUCAGUAAGCCACGUGCUUUGAGAGUACUUGACCACGCCUUGGGUGGAUUGGGAGGUGCCCCGGCCUGCGAGCGGUUGGUGGAGGCAGCUGGCCUGAAGACAGUUUUCGGACUGUUCCUGAAGAAGCAAGAGGGCCGAAACAUCGAACAUUUCUUGGGGAUUUUUGCCUCCCUUCUGCGUCUUCUGCCUGGAGGUUCUGCUCCUCGCAUUCGAACCUUGGCCAAAUUUAUGGAGAAGGACUACGCAAGGAUCGAGAAGCUCGUCAAUCUCCGGCGUGACUAUGCUGCGCGUAUUUCACCCAUCGACCAAGCCAUUGAAAAAGAGCGCAGAACGUUUGACAAGGAGGAACAAGAACUGAUGGCUGGCGAAUGGCUAUCGAGACGGUUGGAUGCGGGUCUAUUCUCAUUGCAGACAAUUGAUGUGAUUUUGGCGUGGCUCAUUGCCGAAGAUGAUGGAGCGAAAAAGAAAAUUGUUUCCCUUCUUGCAGACCGUGACGAAGAUUUGUCUCUGGUCCGUGGCACCUUGCAAGAACAAAUCGAAGGUCUUGGGGAGGAUGAACCGGGCCAUAAAGACUUGGAGGACAUGCUGAGCACUCUUUUGCAGUUUGUUUAA